GAUUGCGAUUGCGAUUGCGGAGAGUGGACAAGCACGACAAGCACGACUACAACCACGACUACGGCUACGACUACGACUACAGCUUGUCUACGACUCGCCAACGACGGAUUACUACACGCGCGAUUGGAAGACUGUCCUCCCGCACAUGAAUCACGAUCACGAUUCCCACGCUCUCCACGACCGCUACGACCGCGACGGCGCAUAGAAUCUACACACACAAACACGCCAACAUGGCAGCAGACUUUGGGGCCAGCGAGGCCGUGGACCCAACGACGCUCUACACAAAGCAGGAGUGCAUAGGCGGCGGCAGUUUUGGGCGGGUGUACAAGGGCCUUGACCGGCGCACCGGCCACACCGUCGCCAUCAAGGUCAUCGACAUUGAGAACGCCGAGGACGAGGUCGACGACAUCAUGGGCGAGAUCAUGAUCCUGUCGGGCAUGAACUCGCCCUACGUCACGAGAUAUUAUGGCGCCUAUCUGCAUGGCUCGGAUCUGUGGAUCGUCAUGGAGUUUUGCUCGGGCGGGAGUUGUGCCGAUCUGAUGAAGCCGGGGCUUAUGGCUGAGGCGGAUAUCGCUGUUAUACUCAAGGAGCUGCUUAUGGGGUUGACGUAUCUGCAUGAUGAUCACAAACUGCAUCGGGAUAUCAAGGCUGCCAAUAUCCUCGUCGGCGCAAACGGACAGGUCAAGCUUGCGGAUUUCGGUGUCUCGGGCCAGCUCUCCGCGACCAUGACCAAGAAGAAUACGUUCGUCGGGACGCCCUUUUGGAUGGCGCCAGAGGUCAUCAGGCAGUCUGGCUACGACGGCAAAGCGGAUAUCUGGUCCCUGGGUAUCACCGCGCUGGAGUUGGCCAAUGGCGAACCCCCUUACGCGGAUAUCCACCCCAUGAAGGUCCUCUUUCUUAUCCCCAAGAACCCGCCUCCACAACUGCAUGGCAACUUCUCCCCCGCGUUGAAGGAGUUUGUCGAGCUGUGUCUGCGCAAGGAUCCGCGAGAUCGACCAACGGCGAAACAAUUACUCCAAACAAACUUCAUCCGCAAAGCUGGCAAGCCGGCACGUCUGCAGGAACUCAUAUCGAGAUACCAGGACUGGAAGGCCAGAAAUCCAAAGGCAGCCGCUGAGGAUGAGGAUGACUUGACUCCGGUGAAAAGGAGGGAGCCAGUCAAUGAGGACUUGUGGGAUUUUGGUACGGUCAGACCUGUCGGAGGUGCGAGAGGCCCUGCGCUUGCGCCGAUGAACGCUGCUGGCGCCAACGCCCGGCAUGUCUCGCCACAGAGAAAACCCCUCGCUCACCAGCGUGGUGGGUUUGGGGAUGAAAACGAGGACACGGUUCGAGCAAGCCCGCCGACAUCACCCACGAAACGCUUAGCCCCGUUGCGGACACAGGGUUCACCUAUAAGUUCGCUGAACACCGCCGCAAGGAUACCUCUACCGCCAUCGCCGGAGAAGAAGUCAGUGCCUCUCUUUCCACCACUUGCUCAGGACCCUCUACGAAAGUCGCCUGUGCCUGGUCUAUUCUCGCCGCCCAUGAACCGCGGCUUGGUCACGCCUACAAAGCCACUAACAUCUCAACAACCGCGACGGCAGACGCCACUGGGCCUGGCGUACGAUGACUUCCAGCGCUCCAUCGCCGCGGACGUGGAGAAGAUGGACAUCGCAUCCUCGCAGCGCAACCCAACACCAAGCCGCGCCUCCGUCCUCCCGCAAAUGUCCAUCCCCGAAAUCCCGCCCUUCCGAGGCCCUUCUUCGAGCAUAACAACAAACGGACAAGCGCCACCGCCCCCUCCACCCCACCAAUCCGUCUUCCUGCAAAGCCCGCUCCAAAUCGCAGAUCACGCACCCUCAACACUACUAGUCCAAAAACCCCUCCCACCCCUGACAACAACCCAACACCCCCUCCCCUCGCUCGCGGGCCAAAAACCCCUGCCCUCAACACACCAGCACGCCUUCCCACCUCUGAGCGCCUCACACCCCGACUCCCCCCGCUCAACCGACCCCUUCGGCGGCCCGCUCAUCUCGCCAACCCAACACACCACACCCCAUCCAUACCAGCACCCCCCACCCGCAAAACAACCCCCCUCCCUCCGCACAUCCCUCGCCCGCACAAAACCCCCCCUACCCCAAUCAACCACAACCCCGCCCCCCACCCAAGAAAUCACAGCCCUAACCGGCGUCGUCGUCCCCGCCCUCGAAGCCGCCCUCGCCCGCCGCGCCUACAACCUCAGCGUCAAGAACAAGACCGACUGCGCGCUCUCCCUAUCCGACGCGCCGGGUUUCGCGCACAGACGGCAGCAGCGCCAGGAGUGCCAUGAGCGGGUGCGUGGGCUGGUUGGGGAGUUGGUGGGCAGGUUUCGCGAGCUGGAUCGGUGGG